AUGGCACAAAACCAACCUCAAAAAACUCAUAUCUACAACCAAAUAUUUGGUAGAAAAAUUCAAAAACAACAAGAAAACGAAGUGACUGGUGCAACCAAUAAUUUCCAAUUCAAUAAUGACCUCUCAGCAUUAGAAAAGAAUCACAAAUCACUUCAAGUAGAAUGUACUGAAAACUCAAUCAAACUGGAAUCACAUUCUAAACAAAUACAAAACAUCACCAAUACACUAACAGACCACACAAAAUCCAUACAGACCAUUUUUGAAAAACUCAACGAAAUAGCUUCCAAAAUGGAAAAUAUUGAAUUACAUUUGACAAAACCGUACCAUCAAUUAAUUCAUGAAUCCAAGGAUGAUGUAGAAGAUGAAGAUGAUGAAUCUUAUCACCCAAAACCAAAUGAAAAUAGUGAUGAUGAAAUGGAAUAUGACGAAGAAGAAGAUAUAGUAGAACCUAGAAGAGGUGAUAAACCUCUUGGAAAUAAGAACAAUUAA